AUGGCCGAGGACCAACAGCGGCUGCUAGCUGCGACGGACGGCCACGACGUCCGCAGCCACUUUGCAGCGUUCGCCUCGCUGGCGCUGCAGGUCGCGCUCGCCAACAUCACCCGCAUCGCGCUGCUUACGAUCGACAACGCGUUUCUUGGGCACCUCGGGACGUCGGCGCUGGCGGCUGCGUCGCUCUCGUCGACGUGGAUUCAAGUCCCGCUCUUCUCAGUGUGGGCCAUGUCGUCCGCGCUCGUGACCCUCUGCGGCCAAGCGUACGGUGCGACCAACAAGGUGCUCAUGGGCGUCUGGCUGCAAAUGGCACUGCUGCUCGUCUCUGGCCUCGCGCUGCCCGUGAUGGCCUGGUACCUCUCGAUCGACGUCAUCUUGGUGCAGGCCACGGACGACGCGGCCGUUCGUCGCCUUGGUGCCCGGUUCGCUCGCAUCAUGGCGCUCAGUGUCUGGCCGACACUGGUCUACGCGUGUCUACGCCAGUACCUCCAGGCGAUGCACAUUGUGGCGCCGACGACAUUCAACGGUCUCGCGGCCAUCGGCAUCACGAUUGGCGCCAACUACGUUCUUAUUUACGGCGCCGGUGACUGGGGUGGCCUCGGCUUUGACGGAUCCCCGCUCGCCACCGUCGUCGCAUCGUGGUUCCAGCCGAUCGCGCUCUUCCUCUAUGCGUUCGUCUACAAGAAGUACCAUCACGAGGCGUGGGGCGGCUGGAAGGUCUCGGAGCUCACGUGGAGCCGCUGGAAGACGUUUUUCCGGAUGGCGUUGCCCCUUGGGCUCAACGACGCGCUCACGUACUUGGCCAACUCGUGCAUGUCACUGGUCGUCGCGAUGCUUGGCGUCGACGCGCUGGCCGCCAACGCCAUCUUGCUCACGCUCUGGGUCAUGCUCUGGGCACUCUCGUUCGGUGUCGGGUGUGCGACCCAAGUCCACGUGGCGACCGCGCUAGGGGCCAACCGCCCCGUCGCCGCCCGGGCGAUGACUCGCAUUGGUCUUGGUACCGUCGUCGCAACGACAGCGACGACGGCGUCGGUGCUGUACAUAUGUCGCUCUGCCAUCCUCGGCGUGUUUACCAAUGACGCCGACCUUGUCCGCCACUGCAGCGCCGUGCUGCCCCUGUACCUUCUCGCCUAUGCGCUGGACGCCCUCGAGAUUACGCUCACAGCGGUUCUCAACGGCAUGGGCCAAAUGCCGUUCGUAUCGGGCGUCUCGUUUGUGGGCAUGUGGGGUGUGCAGGUCCCCGCCGCCUACGUGCUCGCGAUCCACUUCCAUUACGGCCUCCACGGUGUCUGGCUCGGAUACGCUGUUACCGCCAGCUUCAAGCUCACCGCUCUCAGCAUCAAGCUCGUGUCGGUCGACUGGUCUGUCAUGGCUCUUCAGGCCAUCUCUGCCAUGGAGUCGGAGACAACCGCCGCCUGGCACGUCGAAGUGGCCGUGCCAUCGCCCGCGAACGCGGUCUUGGAGCCCAUUGGCGAGCCCUGGCCACUUAAAGCGACCACGCUCUUGCCGCAUCACGCCAAGGCGUAGCCCUCGAUCGACAAGUUUAAUAGACAAAUGCACCACAAAGUUUGCAG